AUGCAGCAGAAGGCCGGGCCAUCUGCCGCUGGAGCGCCGCGAAAGCUCACGAUCAAACCGCUUCGCACGGCGCCAAAGUUGCCCGCCAACUUCGAGCAGGCCACCUGGGCCAAGCUGCUGGACGCGGUGCGAGCUGUCCACGGCAAGCGUGCGGUGAACCACAGCCUGGAGGAGCUGUACCGAGGUGUGGAGGACAUGUGUGUGCAGCACAUGGCGGCGCGGACGUACGAUAAGCUGCAGGCAGAGUGCGAGGCCCACGUGGAGGCCUCGAUCGAGGCCCUACAGACCCCCGACACGAGCGCCUUCCUCUCGCUCGUGCACGGCUGCUGGUCGGCGCACUGCGAGGAGAUGCUCACCCUGCGCUCGAUCUUCCUGUACCUCGACCGCACCUACGUCAUGCAGAGCGCCGCGCGGCGCUCCCUCUGGGAGAUGGGGCUGCACAGCUUCCGCGCGCAGCUGAGCGCGCGGCCCGAGCUGCUCGCCAAGUUGCGCGAUGGCGUGCUCGCGAGCAUCGAGCGGGAGCGGGGGGGCGACCAGGUGGAGCGGUCGCUGCUGGCGGAGCUGCUGCGCAUGCUCUACGACCUCGGGCUCUACCAGCGCCACUUCGAAGAGCAGUUCCUCGCCGCCUCGAGCGACCUACGACGGCAACGCCCCCCCCCCCCCCCCCUUCCCCCCCCGGCCCCCUUUCCGAAGGCGCGCGACGUCCCCUCGUACCUCGAGCACGUCGCCUCGCGCCUCUCUCGAGAGGAGGCUCGCGUCGCCCACUACCUGCACGGCUCCUCGCGCAAGCCGCUGAUGGCGGCGGUGCGGCAGACGCUGCUCGCGGUGCACGUGCGGCCGCUCCUCGAGCGCGGCUUCGCCGACCUCGUCCAGCACGCGCGCCUCGACGACCUCAGGCGCAUGUACUCGCUGUUUGCGCAGGCGAGGGUGAACGCGCUGCCCGAGCUGCGGCAGGCCUUUGCGGCGCACAUCAAGAGCGUGGGCGGUGCGAUGGUGAGCGACCAGGAGCGUGAGCGAGGGCUCGUGCAGGAGCGUGGUGGGUGUAGGAGUGGUGGACUGGUGGGGGAGUCGUUCGAGCAGUUCAUCAACAUCCGCCAGAACCGGCCCGCGGAGCUGGUGGCGCGGUUUCUCGACUCGAAGCUGCGCGCGGGCAACAAGGGGAGCAGCGAGGGCGAGCUCGAGGAAGUGCUGGACAAGGCGAUGACCCUCUUCCGCUACAUCGACGGCAAGGACCUGUUCGAGGCCUUCUACAAGAAGGCCUCCGCACCGCCUGCCUCCUCUCCGCGACGCGCGCGCGACGGCUGCGCGACACGCCCGCCGCCCCGGCUGCUCUUCGACAAGUCGGCCUCGAUCGACACGGAGAAGGCGAUGAUCUCCAAGCUCAAGGCGGAGUGCGGCUCCGCCUUCACCUCCAAGCUCGAGGGCAUGUUCAAGGACAUCGACCUCUCGCAGGACGUGAUGGCAUCCUUCCGCACCUCGCCGCAGGCCGCAAAGGUCUCCCCCAGCCUCGAGCUGUCGGUGCACGUGCUCACGCAGGGCUACUGGCCGACGUACCCUCCCGUCGAGCUCAAGCUGCCGGGCGAGAUCCUCGAGCUGCAGGAGAUCUUCUCCACCUACUAUAUGUCCAAGCACAACGGCCGGCGGCUGCAGUGGCACCCGUGCCUCGGCCACUGCACGCUCAAGGCCAACUUCCCGCUCGGCAAGAAGGAGAUCUCGGUCUCACUGCUGCAGACGAUCGUGCUGCUGCUCUUCAACGACGGCGACGGCCUCUCGUACGCGCACGUGCUGCAGGCCACCGGCAUCGAGGACCGCGAGCUCAAGGUGACGCUGCAGUCGCUCGCCUGCGGCAAGGUGCGCGUGCUGCGCAAGGAGCCGAAGGGGCGCGAGGUGGACGGGUCGGACCGCUUCUUCCUCGACGCGUCCUUCAAGCACCCCCUCUUCCGCAUCAAGAUCAACUCGAUCCAGACACGAGAGAGCGAGGCGGAGAACGAGCAGACGAGUGAGCGCGUCUUCCAGGAUCGGCAGUACCAGAUCGAUGCGGCCAUCGUGCGCGUGAUGAAGGCGAGAAAGACGCUCUCGCACUCGCUCCUCAUGUCGGAGCUCUUUCAGCAGGGGCCCCCCCCCCCCCCUCGCCCCCUUCUUCCCCGCCCUCCACCCCCUCGGCUCACCUCGCGCCGCCUCCCGCGUGGUCAGCUCAAGUUCCCGCUGAAGCCGCCCGACCUGAAGAAGCGGAUAGAGUCGUUGAUAGACCGCGAAUACCUCGAGCGGGACCCAAAGUCGGCAUCAACCUACAUUUAUCUGGCCUGAGCCGGGAUCCAAACGCACUUAGUACCACCACCGCCGCUCCGCUGCUUGUCGGUUCGUCGCUUGUUGCACGGCGGUGUGCCCCUUUUUGGCGCUUAAAUCCGUGAGUUUUC